CAAGAUGCGUGCUGGCCGGUUCUGCGGCUCCGAGGGUUUGGAAGUUAGCGGCAGGAGGGGUCCCGCCCGGGUUCGGUGUCCGUCGCGUCUCCUCGCGCGCUUCCCGGUCCGCUGUGCCGCCUCCCGCCCUCGGGCAGCGUGCGGAGCUCUCGAAGUACCCUGGAGGUCCUCAGAAGACUUAAGAAGAUACAGAAGGUAGAGGAAAGGGGACUUUUAAGCUUUUCUGGCCCUAAAUGGCUACAGAAUCAAGAAAGCCUUCUUCGGCCCCAUCUCCACCAGACCGGGCUCCUGAAGAGGACCUUGUCAUUGUCAAGAUAGAGGAGGAUCAUGGUUGGGAUGAGGAGUCUAGUGUGCAUGAAAAUAAUACUUCUGGCCAAGAAUUGUUUCGCCUACGCUUCAGGCAGCUAUGCUACCAGGAGACAUUAGGACCCCGGGAAGCUCUGAUCCAGCUUCGUGCACUUUGCCAUCAGUGGCUUCGGCCAGACUUGAACAGCAAGGAGCAGAUCCUGGAGCUGCUGGUACUGGAGCAGUUCCUGACCAUCCUGCCUGAGGAGCUGCAGACUCUGGUUAAGGAACACCAGUUAGAAAAUGGAGAGGAGGUGGUGAGCCUGUUGGAGGACUUGGAAAGGCAGAUUAAUAUCCUAGGACGACCAGUCUCAGCUCAUACACAUGGGCACAGGGUACUCUGGGAGGAAGUUGUAUCUUCAGAAUCUGCACCAGAACCUCCAAGUACUCAGCUCCAAGCCAUGGCAACCAAGCAUAAAUCUUCAGUGCCCCAGAAGCCACAGGACAGAGGAGAGAGGCCUGAUUUCACUUAUAAGGCCAUGUCUGCUUCUCAGAGUCCUACUCCUUCCCAAAAAGGAAGUUCUGGAGAUCAGGAGGUGACAGCUAGACUUCUCACUGCAGGGUUCCAGACUUUGGAAAAGAUUGAAGACAUGGCUGUGUCUCUUAUUCGAGAGGAGUGGCUUCUUGAUCCAUCACAGAAGGAUCUGAAUAGAGAGAACAGGCCCGAGAAAUACAGAAACAUGUUCUCCCUGGAUGGUGAGACCAGGAGUGAGAACAAGGAAUUAUUUUCAAAACAGGUAAUAUCGACUGGAAUCCAGCCACAUGGACAGACAGCUGCCAACUGCAAUGGGGAUGUUAUCCUGGGUCUUGCACAUGGAAAAACCCAAGACCUUCUGGGCAGAUUAGAGAGGCAGCAGGGAAAUCCCACACAAGAGAGACGGCACAAAUGUGAUGAAUGUGGGAAAAGCUUUGCUCAGAACUCAGGCCUUGUUCGACACUGGAGAAUCCACACUGGAGAGAAGCCCUACCAGUGUAAUGUGUGUAGUAAAGCCUUCAGUUACAGGUCAGCCCUUCUUUCCCAUCAAGAUAUCCACAACAAAGUGAAGCGCUACCACUGCAAGGAAUGUGGGAAGGCCUUCAGUCAGAACACAGGCCUGAUCCUGCACCAGAGAAUCCACACUGGGGAGAAGCCAUAUCAGUGUACUCAGUGCGGGAAGGCCUUUAGUCAGAGUGCAGGCCUUAUUUUACACCAGAGAAUCCACAGUGGAGAGAGACCGUAUGAAUGUAGUGAGUGUGGAAAAGCUUUCAGUCAUAGUUCACACCUCAUUGGACACCAGAGAAUCCACACUGGGGAGAAACCCUAUGAGUGUGAUGAGUGUGGGAAAACCUUCAGACGCAGCUCCCAUCUUAUUGGCCAUCAAAGAAGCCACACUGGGGAGAAACCCUACAAAUGCAGUGAGUGUGGGAGGGCCUUCAGUCAGAAAUCAGGCCUUAUUGAACAUCAGAGAAUCCAUACUGGAGAAAGACCCUAUAAGUGUAAAGAAUGUGGGAAAGCUUUCAAUGGGAACACUGGUCUCAUUCAGCAUCUGAGAAUACAUACAGGGGAGAAGCCCUAUCAAUGCAAUGAGUGUGGGAAAGCCUUUAUUCAGAGAUCGAGCCUCAUUCGACAUCAAAGAAUCCACACUGGAGAAAAGCCUGAAACCACCGGAGUUUAGGGCAAGCUCUGGUUGUCAUUGGAGCAGUAUUCAGCAUUAGAGAAACCAUGUAGUAGUGGGAAAGUCUAGUGAAAGAGGCAGAAUCUGUAGUGGGGACAAAGUUAGGAAUAGCACUUCAGUUGUUUGAGCCCAGUCCCUGAUACAAACCGAUUAGCUUGACUGUGUUUGGAGGAAUCUGGUGAAGCAGAGAGCCUCAGCAGCUUAAUAUAUUCUUCAGAACUUGAAAAUAAUAGCAAAUUGCUUAUUGGGACAUAAAACGCUAUAUUUUGUCUUUCCCAAGAGUAGCUGUAAGUUUGAGAGGGGCCACUCCUAAGCUGCUCUUCUCCCCAUUUCCUGUGGUCCCAUUCUGUCAUCCCUCUGAAGGUGCCCUUGUAAAUCCUAAUCUAAGAAGCUGCUUGACUCCGAGGCAACCUCAAUGAGGCUAUGAUUUGUAUUUAGCUUUCUAAUACCCUAGUUAGAGGGAAAUUGUUAGACACUUAACAUAUUAUUCUAAUACUCUUAGGUGGUAGAAAUCCAUAUUCCUCUACAAACUCAAUGCUAUAUUUUUAACAGCACUGUAGCAUUUUUCUUCAUUUAGCACCUUUACUGACUCCUUUGAGUCCCUGAGCUCAUAUCCUUCAUAUCCUUUACCACCCCCAGUCUCAGUACAUGUGUCAACAAAGGAAGUGGAUGCAUUAGUGAUGAUGCUGGGAGUGAUGCCAAGAAAGGUGAGUGGAGACUCGGCCUGGCUAGUGAGCAUGGACAGUUGAACCUCAAGGUGACUCUCCUGACUCUCCUUUACCUUACCACUGUACACUGUGGUUCGAAAAAAUAUUUGCACUAUCAAAGCUUUGGCACCACAUAGGAGACAGAGGUGCUAGAAAAAGACAUUAAAAAUCCUUACAAAGAAUGUACAUCAUCCCUUUGGCCCAUUACAGUACUGCUCUCAGGUUCCUAUCUAUAUAAACUCCCCGAGUACAUGGUCAGCCUGGACUGACCUUCUCAGAUGGCCUCUGCAGCUCCAUCAUCUUCCAUCUGUUUCCUUCCAUUUGCAUAUCUUCAGUAUCCAUAGUGGUAAUAUAUCAAAUACCUCACCUCUGGUUCCUCAUUCUGAAUUCUGGUGCAUUCCAUCAGUCAUCUAACAACAAAGAGAGACUAUUAUACUCAUUGUCACCAGGCCCUAUAUUUCACCUCUAAGGCUUUCAGCAUAACAUAGGGAUAUUGUAUAAAAUAAUGAGACUUGUUUUAAAAUAACAAACCAGAUCUUGUGCAUCUAAAAUUUAGUGUCCUUUCAGAUAAGUAAUUAUACUUAUUACUUAUUCUAGUAGUGCUACUAGUACUCCAAUAUUGGGAACAUUCUUAGAAUUUUCAUUUAAUGAAGAGCAAGAAAACCAUGUGUUACUAAUAAUUAUAUUUCAUGUUUGACCAUUUGAUUAGACAAUGGGCUUGGAGUUGAAUAACGUUUGCUUUGCAACAUUAAUCCUCACACUUAAAAUUAUUCCAUUAAUCUUACUCAGAAGAACAUAAGUAGGUUCCGAUGAAAUAUCCAAGAAAACAAUUCCACACUGUGACUACCAUGAAAAGAUUCAUCUUAGCUUCUUUGGUUUACUCUCUCAGACCAGUCCUUUUCAUGAUUCUUUAUUCUCUUGUCCUUUCUGUUUGCUUCCUUCCUAUUUAGUAUAGAUUGCCAUCCCUAACUCUGCUCUAACACACUAAACCACUGAGCCAUCUCUCCAGCUCCAAUUGGCUUGAGUUGUGCCUUCCACUGUCUAGAUGACAGGAUUUCUGCAUAGGUCAGUGCUACCUUGUGUGCAAAAGUUGCAUAAGAUGCAUACAUUGUCAGAGAAGCUAGGUGUCUGCAUGUGUGCAUAUAUGCAUGCCCACUCCUCGUACACUUUUGUGGAGCACCUGAUUUCAUCUCCAAUAAAUUGCUCUUUUAGCAUUUGUAUCUAGAAUAAUGUGUACCAGAUUACUCUUCAGUCUCAGAACUACUAAGCAUGUGGAAGCAGUCCAAAGAAAAGAAAGUAAUAUAAUUGGGAAGAUUAAUGUUACACUGGGGUGAAUAUGAAAAAAGGUUGUCAUUUAAGAAUGAAUUAUUGGAGCCAUUAUUAGUGAUGCAUACCUUUAAUCAUAGCACUCAUGGGCCAGCCUAGUCUGUAUAGAAAGUUCAAAGCCAGCCUUGAAUAUAGUGAGAUCAGUCUCAAAAAACCCAAAAAGGUAACUGGGGCUGGAAAAAUGGCUGAGAGGUUAAGAGUAUGGACUGUUCUUGCAGAGAACCAUUGAGUUCAGUUCCCGUGUUGGGUGGCUUCCAACUUCCUGUAACUCUAGCGCCAGGAGGAUCCAACAUGUCUGGCCUCCAUAGGCACCCACACACAGGUACACAUGGACAUAUACACAAACACAUAAUUACAAAUAAUAAAAAAAAUUCAAAUGAGUUAUCAAAGCUGAUUUAGCACUUGUAUAGAAGAGGUCAGUGUUAUAGCAUAUUAUAAUAGAGAAGGCUGUGGAGUCUGAAGAAGUACAUAGAAGUCAUUUUUAGUCUUGAAUUCAUCAAGCAUUAAUCUAUGUUACACCAUUUAGAGCUCUUAGCUAUCAGUGGCAUUCAUUAAGCUUUUGUCCUAUAGAAUCAAAAUUUUUUUUUCUUUCAAUCUGAAAUGAAGUGUUCACCAGUACUUUUUUCUACCAUCCUCAGCUGCUCAUCUUAGGAUCUGGCAUGGUAAAGUAGUUCUUCCAUGAAUCACAUGUCAUCAAUAUACCACUGGGAGAAACCUCUGAGGUUUCAAAGAAUUUCUCCAUGAGACCAGAUAGGUAUUCAGGAAUGUGGUGAUUGAUUCCAGUGUGGACCACUGUAGCUUUGCCCUUGUUUCUACAUCUCCAGAAUGAUAGCCGACCUUUUUUUUUUUUUUAAGCAGUUGUUGUGAGCCAAACCCUAAAUUAAACAUUUAUCCUACUUAAAAGCUCGUAUCACUACAUGCCCCAUUUACAGAUGAUAAAAACAGAAGCUUAGAGAACUAAUCACCAUCACAGCCAGCAAAUGACAAGAUUCUAACCCACACAUACAGCCUGGUGCUGAAGCCUGUGAUGACCACUGUGCUGUACUACCAAUUCUGACUAAACUCUGGCCUGUCAAGUUAAACCAUGUACCAGUCGUGAGAGAUACUAGGUAAAAUAGCAUACAAUAGUAUAGUGUGGAUCCAUUGUAAUUACUGGAAAAUUGGUUUAAAAUACUGUUUGGAGUGAGAACAUCUUUAGACAUUGAUCUUGAUUUUAGUACAAGAAAGGUAAAUUUUGUCAGUAAAAUAUGCUUAAAGGAGUAACUAGGAGGAUAAAGCAGUAUCAACUUACUGAUUCAAAUACAUUUCUCUGUAGACUGCCUAAGGGAAAGAGAAGUGAGUAGAUUCCAGGUUGGGCAGAUGGGCAGUUAGGGUGGCAGUAGUAAGUUCAUCCACAGUCUGCAAUGAGAAACCCUUCAAGCUUCUUGCCCAUUACCAAUCACCAUUCUUUGUGUCCUGUAUUUUUCUUGAUUUUUCAAAUGUUAUUCAUUUAACCCAUUUCUGCUUUAGCUCUUAAAACAUUUCCUUACUUGCUGUCAUAGUCAACAUUCCACUAAAAUGUAUGUAGAAUGUCCAGUAUAUAAAUUAAGGCUUUUUAUUGUUGUCCUUCUUAAUCUCUUUUAUAUGUCAUAAUGUUGGAUUUUCCCAUAUGUGGUGGCUAUUCUUGGCUGUCAUUUUGAGUAUUACUGGAUUCUUUGGUCUUUCAUUGGUAGACAGCCAUUGUUGGACUAGCUAGACCACAGCAGGUAAGCCAUUCUAAUAAAUCCUAUAUAUAUCAUAUAUAUUCAUUCUAUAAGUUCUAUUCUUCUAGAGAACCCUGACUAAUACAGAUUUUUGUACCAGAAGUAGUUCUAGAGCAAUAAAAGAGUAAGGAAGAAAAUUUUUAAGUAUCUGGAAUAGGGUUUCCAAUUUACCAGCAUCUACUGAAGCCUCUCAGAAACUCAGGGUGUGUUGCAAGCCCAUGGUGAACUAUUUUACAAACUUAAGGAGACAAAUGCAUUUGGUUAUCCUGAUUGACCAGUUGUGGGAGGCAAGAGAUUUGGUGACUGUAUAUAAAACUUUUGACAAUUUGUAGAAAAAUGGGGAAAAGGAUGAUGGUGGUUGGUUGCUCCCAGCAUCUCUGCAUAAACUGACAAAGGAAAAGAAUGUACUCAAUAAAAUUAACCAACUUGUAGCAUCUCAGAAUACAGUGAAGAACAACAAUGUACUCAUGGAUAAAACUGGCCAACUCUAGAUGUACAUAAACAGUCUAAAGGGUUCUAAGUAAGUGUACCCUAGAAGAGAAUCUUAUGUUCAGCAGCUACAGCUGAAAUUGUAGAAAAUCAAGCCGAAGCCUUCAUUAUAAGGUUGGCUGCAUUAAAAAAAAAAAUAUUCAAGUCUCAACCUCAGAGGGUAUCAGUGGUUCAAGGAAGAGCAUUAAAUUGGUAAAGAAUCAAAUCCUGUAACUUGCAAUGGAGAUGUGUGGGAGGACCCUGUUGAUUCAACCCUCAGAUUCUCGAGGGUUUAUCUCACCUGAGAGAAUAGUCUCUCUACCCUCAGCAGAAGAUGUACUCUCACCCCUUAAAUAUUGCCUUUUCUGCUUUGAGGAAAUAACAGAAUGGGUAGUAGAGGAAGGUAGUUAUAAAUACCAGCUAUGGUCGUGUAACCAGUUGUAGAAAUGAGGAUUAUAAUUGACAUAACUUUCUGUCGUAUUUUGUUAAGAAUGUGUUUGUACAGAUAUUUGUGUUUCUUUCCUCAAUUUCUUUAUCAUGUAAUGUAACAUCAAUUAAGAGAAUAUCUGCGGUUACCAUAUUUAAGUUUUGAGAUACCAAAAGAA